AGAAACUUUGUUCACAGGGCUUUUGAGCUUAAUCAUCCAACACUUCUUUUCCCUUCUUACUCUACUUUCUGUGAUCAGUCUGUUUUCUGCAAGAGCCAGUGAAUUGUUAUCAACUAUCAAAUAGUUCUUGUUGCUUAGAAAGGCCAAAAGAUGAAGUUUGGGAAAGAAUUUGAGGCACAAAUGGUGCCAGAAUGGAAGGAAGCAUACAUGGAUUAUAAUUACUUGAAGACCCUUUUGAAAGAUGUCCAACGCUACAAGCAGAGAACCAAGCCACCACCUGCAACUCCAAGGGGCCUAAAGAGAAAGCCAACACUGUACAGAGCUUUCAGUGGACUCAUUCAGAGACAAUCCUACCAUUCCAUCAAUCCCCAUGAACAUGAUAUUGAGAGCCAACCCAUUAUGGUGAACUCAGUGCAACGAGAUGGAUCUGAAAGCUAUAAAACUACUUUUCUGAUGGCUGCAGAAGAAGGUGGAGAAUAUGAGUUGGUAUACUUUAAGAGGCUAGAUGAUGAGUUCAACAAAGUGGACAAGUUUUACAGGUCUAAAGUGGAAGAAGUGAUGAAGGAAGCUGUCAUGCUGAAUAAGCAAAUGGAAGCUUUGAUUGCUUUCCGGAUAAAAGUUGAGAAACCCUCUCAAUGGUUUAAUAGCUCUGUCGAGAUGACUAAUCUUGCUUCAGAUAUUGCCACUUCAGCAGCUGCAUUAUCAUCUUCUACGCCCAGAGGAGCCAAAUUGCACGCCAUGGAGACGAUCAAUGAGGAAAGUAUCCACAAUAGUCAAUCAGAUGACUCCACUGAGAACAAAGAUGAUGAAAUUCAACUCAAUCGCCUAAAAAUUCAAACAGAUAAGGAAAAAGAUAACAGGGGUACCAAACCAGCCCCUUUGGAAGUCCUCAAUCAUGUUCGAUUGAACAACACCCUUGAGACUCCUCGCUCAACGAUAAAAAACUUCCUCAAUCACUCUACACAAACAGAGCUACAAUUCAACAGAAAGAAUUUGAAGAAAGUUGAAGAACAACUCAAACGAGCUUUCAUUGAAUUCUACCAAAAGCUUCGACUACUAAAGAACUACAGCUUUCUAAACACGUUGGCAUUUUCAAAGAUAAUGAAGAAAUAUGACAAGAUUACAUCAAGAAGAGCAGCAAAAGCUUAUGUGAGCAUGGUUGACAAAUCCUACCUCGGCAGCUCCGACGAGGUCACCAGGCUCAUGGAGAGGGUGGAAAAAACAUUUAUUAAGCAUUUCUCCAACUCUAAUCGUGAUUAUGGAUUGAACCUCCUCAGACCAAAACAAAGUAGAGCAAGCCAUAGAAUAACAUUUUCCACGGGCUUUUUGGCUGGCUGCACAGCAGCACUAGUUUUAGCAGUUACUCUGGUCAUCCAUGCUCGCAAAAUUCUGAAUCACCCAGGGAGUACUAAGUACAUGGAGACCAUGUUUCCUCUUUAUAGUUUGUUUGGAUUCAUAGUUCUACACAUGUUUAUGUAUGGUGCCAAUAUAUUCUUCUGGAGGCGAUACAGAGUGAAUCAGACAUUUAUUUUUGGUUUCAAGAAAGGAUCCGACUUGAGCCACCUUGAUGCUCUCCUCCUAGCUUUUGCCAUUGCUGUAUUGGCACUAGCCGGUGUGCUUGCGAACCUCGACAUGGAGAUGGAUCCAAAGACAAGGGAUUACAAAGCCUACACUGAACUAAUUCCUCUUAUCUUGGUUAUUAUUAUGGUUGCCAUUUUAUCAUGCCCAUUCAACAUCAUGUAUCGUUCUGGCCGGGUUUUCUUUCUCACAUGCCUGUUCCACUGCAUCUGCGCUCCUCUCUACAAGGUCUCGCUCCCAGAUUUCUUUUUGGCGGAUCAAUUUACUAGCCAGGUGCAAGCUCUCCGAAGUUUAGAAUUCUACAUUUGCUACUAUGGUUGGGGAGAUUUCAAGCAAAGAGAAAACACUUGCAACUCAAGCAGCAUAUUCACAACAUUUUCCUUCAUUGUUGCCGCGAUUCCAUACUGGUGUCGUUUUCUCCAGUGCAUCAGGCGACUCUUUGAAGAGAAAGAUGCAAUGCAAGGAUAUAAUGGGGUGAAAUACUUCCUCACAAUAGUAGCUGUUUGCCUCAGAACAGCUUACAGCCUUGAUAAAGGAAGCACUUGGAAGGUGCUUGCCUGGGUGUUCUCAGUAUCUGCAGCAAUCGUUUCUACAUAUUGGGACCUUGUCAUGGACUGGGGCCUCCUGCAAAAGAAUUCCAAGAAUCGCUGGUUAAGAGACAAACUCAUAAUACCUCAUAAAAGCGUAUAUUUCACAGCCAUGGUGCUGAAUAUCUUGCUGAGAUUUGCAUGGUUGCAGACAGUACUGGAUUUCAAGGUUGACUUCCUGCAUAAACAAGCAAUGAUAAGCAUUAUAGCUAGUCUAGAGAUCAUACGUCGGGGCAUAUGGAACUUCUUCAGAGUGGAGAAUGAGCAUUUAAACAAUGUGGGCAAGUUCAGAGCUUUCAAGUCUGUGCCCUUACCUUUCAACUACGACGAUGCUGAAGACAAGGAUGAGUAGUUCGGAUGCAACGUCACGCAAGUAUAUACGGUCGACUCUGUGGUUUGAUGAUUGCAAAGCGUAGAGAAGUAGGGAAAGUGUAAUGAAAAUUCAUGAACUUAUUCAAGUCUAUUGAUUUGCAUAAACCCAUUUACUGUGUCUAAUCAUUUUAUGUGAAGCUGGUCGUGUUUAAAACCAAUCCUAAAAGUUCUGUAUAUCCUCAAUGUCGCCCCCCAGCGUCACGGCUAUCUUAACCACUGCCUCGCCCCCUUCUCUGCCGCCCUCUCCAUUCUCACGUUUGCCAAGGGCAGAAAUGGUCCAAUGGAAGUCAAGUCCCUUGGAAAUGGGCUUGCAGCGCGCCAAAAUAACAUUUCUCUGACUCCCACGUACCAAACGCGACGGAGGGUUAACAAUCUGGGGUUAGUGAGAGCAUGAGCGCGACGGAU